AUGCUCCCUCCAUGCAGCACAUGGAAGGCCGGCCUUUACCAGCUGGCAAAAGCCACGUUCCACACUAACCUCAGCUUGACGGACAAGCCCUGUGACGACCACCAGCGACCCUGCCUUUCCGAUACUCGCAGGCUCCCCACCCCUCCGAUUGCAGGCAGCACCCACGGCCUGCUUCCAGUCAAAGACCAGAGCAAAGGCAUUGACAUACUGCUGCUGUCACACAUCCUGGGCCGCCGGCCGCGGCGUAAGUGGGAGGUGUUCCCGGGCCGCAACCGCUUCUACUGCGGCGGCCGCCUCAUGCUGGCCGGCCACGGCGGCGUCUUCGCGCUCACGCUGCUGCUCAUCCUCAGCACCACCGUCCUCUUCUUCGUCUUCGACUGUCCCUACCUGGCCGGCCACCUGACCCUGGCCAUCCCCAUCAUCGCGGCCAUCCUCUUCUUCUUCGUCAUGAGCUGCCUCCUGCAGACCAGCUUCACCGACCCUGGCAUCCUCCCGAGGGCCACUGUCUGCGAGGCAGCCGCCCUGGAGAAGCAGAUCGAUAACACAGGCAGCUCCACGUACCGACCGCCCCCGAGGACCCGGGAGGUGAUGAUCAAUGGACAGGUGGUGAAGUUGAAGUACUGCUUCACCUGUAAGAUGUUCCGGCCACCCCGGACCUCACACUGCAGUGUCUGUGACAACUGUGUGGAACGGUUUGACCAUCACUGCCCUUGGGUGGGCAACUGUGUGGGGAGGCGAAACUACCGCUUCUUCUAUGCGUUCGUGCUCUCCCUCUCGUUCCUCACGGCCUUCAUCUUCGCCUGCGUGGUCACCCACCUGACGCUGCGUUCUCAAGGAAACAACUUCCUCUCCACUCUGAAGGAGACUCCAGCGAGCGUGCUGGAGUUGGUCAUCUGCUUCUUCUCAAUCUGGUCCAUCCUGGGCCUCUCAGGGUUCCACACUUACCUCGUCGCCUCCAAUCUGACCACUAAUGAAGAUAUCAAAGGGUCUUGGUCCAGCAAGAGGGGCGGUGAGGCCUCCGUCAACCCCUACAGCCAUAAAAGUAUUAUCACCAACUGCUGUGCUGUGCUCUGCAGCCCCCUACCUCCCAGCCUAAUCGACCGGCGGGGUUUCGUGCAGUCUGACGCCGUGUUGCCCUCGCCCAUCAGAAGUGACGAGCCAGCCCGUGGAGCCAAGCCAGACGCCAGCAUGGUUCCCGAAGUUUGGGCCCUAGUUCUCCCAGCUGAUCAGUGGCAAGAGAGGAGAGCCACAGCCUCUGGAGGCCACCGAGGGGACCAUGCCAAAUCACUGCCUGUGCCCAGGGAGGCCCGGUGUGAGCGAGGGUGUGAACUGAGUGGGCAGCCUCCCAGCUGGAGACCUGCUUGGACCUUGCUGAGCCAGGGGCUUCUGGAGGCAGGACUGCUGGGCCCUGGCUCUGAACCUCGGGUGCCAGGCGAGGACCCUUCCUUGGACGGCUUUGGUUUGGGGCUCCUGCUUUCUCUUUGUGGUGAUCAUUGGGUUGUUUUGGGUUUUUGGUUUUUUGUGGGGGCAGGGAGGUUAUCUGGAAUUGGCCAAUAGGAUAGGGCCGGGGUACUGGUAGAGAGAGCAUGGGCAGAGGGCGGGAGGCCUGUGUCAGAGGGAGCCAAACGAGCCAUCCAGGCCCGAGUAACCUCAGCUCCUGUAGAGGCGAGGGCAGCACCGUAGGAUGAGGACUUUCCCCUGCUGGUGGGGACUCUGGAGGAUCCUUUCCUGUGACUCCCCACUCUGGUCCCUCUUCCAAGUCAGGGCUAGAGAUGGGCGGGUUAGCUCAUGCUGGCAAUACUUGAAACGGGUUCAUUAAUGCUGGGUAUUUUGCACAGUUUUAUAGACCUCUUUUUUACAUAGCCUUUUUAAAACAGAAGUCAGUGUGUUACUCUCUGUGUAGUGCCAUGCCAAGGGUUUCCAGGAGGCUAGGUAGUUUAACACGCUACAGCAGAGCCAGCUGGGAGCGGUUGGAUGUGUUUGCGCAUGCGCACGUGUGUUCAUGUGUGGCCAAAUACAGCUGACUCCCAUGUCCCCUGGGCUACUCCCUUUCCCCAUUUCCCUGGGUUCAGAAGCAGCCUGAGGCCUGGGGACUAGAGGAUGUGCAUCAGUCAUGGAGACCCCUCGGCCUUCUUCCUUACACCGCAGCCUUUAGACAACAGUGGCUGGGGCCCUGCCACCCAGGCUCCCAGCUGUGACCUGCCCUAACAGGCCGAGGCCAGGUGUGGUGGGUGGGGUGGGGGCUCAGGAGCACCCGAGCCUUUCUGUAAGCCACACCCCCUCCUAGGAAUUCUGCUGUGAGUGUAGGCCCUAGCGCUAGGGACUGGGAGAAUGAAGGAAAGGGCAGAGUAGGCCAGGAUGCCUAUGUGGCUUGGCCAGGAGCUCAUAGCAUUUCUUCCUUCUGCUGGGAGCUGUAGAUUCUAAUCAAAAUAGAAACUUGUUCUCCCAGGCCCCCUCCUUGGCCCUUCAGGUGGACUAAAGCCCUUGGAUCAUAACAUAGGACAUCACUAAGAGGUCCCUUCCUUGCUCCCAAGGCCAGUGGGUCCCAGACAUAACUGGGAAGUGGUGGGCACCAAAGUUCCCCCGGGAAAAACAGCUUCAGACCCCUAAGCCAACCUGAGUGGCCCGGUGGUAGAUAGGGCGGGGGCUGGAGGAGGGGUUCCCUAACCUGCCUUUUGUUUAAGCCAGUUUUCUUUGUCCCUGCUUGUAAUAAAACUUCUGUUCCUAA